CGGCCCUGUCAAAUCACUACGGGGGUGACGCGCAGCCUGAGGACUUACAUAAAAAUCCUCCGACGACUUUUCACACUUUUAACGUCUAAAAGUCGCUUUACUUGCGCUUUACUCACUCAAGGACGCUUAAACUUCGGAGGAAUUAAAAAGUUGUGGUAGUUUUGAACUUGUAGUCGAAGUUUCUUGCGGUUAAAGAAAACACAAAGUAGUUUUUCUGCUGAGAGGCGCACGGGACGCGAAGCUGCCGAGGACCGAGGGGGAUUUCUAACCGUCUCGUUUUCAGUUUUUCGGGGCAUGCGAGUCUUCUGAACACGCCUGGACCUGCUAAUGUGCACAUAAAGCCCGGAUAAAGCCACUUGUAGCUCAGUUUGUUCCCUCUGAACUCACCAUGAUGUCGAACACGGCGCUUUACGCGGCGAAGAAACGGAAGAAGCCGGUCCAGAAAAUGCCCAAACCUCCACCUCCUGAGGGCGCCAAGUCUAACCCGUCCAAACGCCAUCGUGAUCGUCUCAACAGUGAGCUGGACAAGCUCACCAGCUUGCUGCCCUUCUCAGAGGAAGUUAGGUCCCGGCUGGACAAGCUGUCCGUCCUCCGCCUUAGCGUCGGGUACCUGAAGGUCAAGAGCUUCUUCAACGCCACCAUGAAGAUGGGCCAGAGCAACUCCAGCUACAGCAGCGAGCGGAGCCUCAUGUUUGGAGGCAACGGCCAGAGCUCAGCGCUGCCGCCAUGCUCCUCAACCUCCACCACCCCCUCCUCCUUCACGACCUCCCCCUCUUCCACAGCCACCUCCAUCGAUGGGGUGACCAUCGCAGAGGGAGAACUGCUGCUUCAGGCGCUGAGCGGCUUCGUGUUGGUGGUGACAGCUGAAGGCUACGUCUUCUACACAUCCCCCACAAUCCAGGACUUCCUUGGCUUCCAUCAGUCGGACGUUGUCCAUCAGAGUGUGUUCGAGCUGAUCCACACAGAUGACCGAGCUUUCUUCAGACAGCAGCUUCACUUCUCCCUCAACCCAAACACAGAGGGUUCCAGUGACCAGAACAACACAGAGAUCAGCCACAACAUAGUGAGCUACGAGCCGCAGGCCAUCCCUCCAGAGAACUCAUCUUUCCUGGAGAGGAACUUCUGUUGCCGUCUGCGCUGCCUGCUCGACAACUCCUCUGGCUUCCUGGCUUUGAACUUCCGCGGCCGCCUCAAGUUCCUCCACGGUCAGAGCCAGGUGUCAGAGGACGGGUCGCUGGUGCCCCCGCAGCUCGCUCUGUUCGCCAUUGCCACGCCGAUGCAGCAGCCUUCCAUCCUGGAAAUCCGCACCAAGACGCUCAUCUUCCAGACCAAACACAAGCUGGACUUCACACCCACGGGCAUCGACACCAGAGCAAAGUUGAUUCUGGGCUACUCCGAGACAGAGAUCUGUAGGAAAGGUUCAGGCUACAACUUCAUCCAUGCUGCUGACAUGAUGUACUGCGCCGAAAACCACGUCAGAAUGAUGAAAACCGGACACAGCGGCUUGACCAUCUUCAGGCUGCUGACCAAAAGCGGGAGGUGGCUCUGGGUACAGUCCAACGCCCGGCUGGUCAUGAAAAAUGGGAAACCCGACUUUAUCAUGGUCCAGCAGAGAGCUUUGACAAAUGAAGAAGGAGAAGAGCACCUUCGCCUCAGGAGGCUGCAGCUGCCAUUCAACUUCGCCACAGGAGAGGCAUUGCUGUAUGAUGUGGCACCCAGCAUCGAUAUCAAUGACCAGUGCUCUGCCCCCAAGCAGGGGAAGUUCGACAGUGACGACAUCAGCCCUGGUUCUUUGCUGGGCUGCCUGCUUAAUCAGGACCAUUCGCUUUACUGCGAUCAAAACAGCGUCAACACCCUCAGCAACCUCAAUGAUCUGGUGUUCGAGGAAACCCAUGCCACGCUCAAUGUCCCCGGAGACAUAGACCCAAACCCGGCACCCGGAAACCCGGUGAAGGCGGAAGCCACGGUCCAGGACAUCAUGGAGACCCUGCAGCAGAUCCUUGGGGACAACGAGAUUAUCGAAACCCUUCAUGUAGAGCCUGAGGAGCUCAAGAGCUGGGAGAGCACGCUGCUGCAGAUGAACUACAACAACGGGUUCAACGACGACCUCGAUGACAUCCUCAACAACGACAUCCUGUCUUACGUGGAGGAGCAGCUGCAGAAGGACGGCGGGCUCAACUUGCCAAACGAGCUGGACGGCGUCACAGCCUGCCUUCCCGCUUUGGACCUUCAGAACCAGAAUCCAGAUCAACGGGAGGAGCUGGACUUCGGCUGGCCUCUGAAGAAUCCGAUGAUGGUGGGACAGCCGACAGCAGUCCAGGGGACGAUGAAACUGAGCCAUAUGGAUUUUCCUCAGCUGAGUUCUUCUGGGCUUAAUGGGCUGACCUUUAACCCCUCCCUACCAAACAGCUUUCCUCAAACAAAAAAUCAGCUACAGGCCAACACCAAGGAAAACGAACUUGGGACAUUCUUGCUCAGGCAGCCUUCAACCAAUCAGCUUCACCCCAGCCAAAUGUCUCUUCACAUGAUGCCCCCCACCCAACCAUUCACCCUCCAGGACCAAAACACAGAAGGACAGUUAAAUAAUGUAUUUACCUUCCACGGCAGCAAGUGCAGCAAGUCGGUGCCACACCAAGCAGACAGCUGUGCAGAAACAUUCACCUCCAAUAUUUCAAACGAUUCUGUUUUCCCUGCCGUAAAUUUACCACCUAGCUGCCUACAGGGCCGCUUUGCUCUACAGACUCCAAACGGUGACAAUCAGAGUCAGGUGUGGCCUCAGCAGCAGCAGCUGAUCGUAGAUCAGCAGAUGGGCUCCUUUCAGAGGAACCCCACAGGCAUCAGCGCUCUCAACAGGCCGAGGUUCAGAGCUACAGGGGCUUCUAAUGCUCCACUUCCUGUUCAGCAGGUCUUGGAGCCACCACCGGCUUCCACAAGCUGCAUGCAUAGAAACACCACUCCAGGACUGCCAGUGAACAGCAUGCACCUCAGCCAGGCAAGAUUAACCGCACCCACCAAUAAGAUUCCCUCCAAUCCCUCCUGUUUCUACCAGGGUCUAAAUGGAGGGAGAGCCAUGUCAGGAAUGGCGGCCAUCCCAAAUCCAGAUGAGGCAACGCUGUCCUGUCAGAUGCCCACUGGUCUGAAACUGAACAGCCUGGUGGGGCAGCAACAGCAGCAGCAGCAGCAAUUUCUGAACUUCAGUGAGCAGACGCAGAUCAACAACCGUCCAGUCGUCGGGAAUGGGGGAUUCCCCUUCUUCUCGCUACCCAAUGGGAACAUGUGCUAUUCAGAGAACAAAUAGGAAUCAGCCGCUGAGAUUCCUGGAUAGCAGAGGAUCCCGACUUGGACCGAAAAGGAAACUAAAGACUAGAAAUUUAAAUUGGAAUAGACUGAAGAGCAAGAAAGUGCCAGAAAAAUGGACAAGGAGACAAUCAAAGAGCCUCUCCCUCUUUUUUUCCCCUUUUUUUUUCCGAGGAAACAGUGAUGAAAGCUGUAAGAGUUCAUGUUUGGUUCAGGAUGGUUGGGCUCAAGAGGAUGAAAAAUCAAGAGAAAAGUUUGGAUUAUUCCUUCGGAGGUGGUUGGAUUAUACCAAAACAGAACAAAAAAAACUUUUGCUGUAUUUAGUAAUCGACUGUUUGGUGGGAAGAUCUGGACGUUUUGGAACCAAAAUGACUCAAGUUUGACUGAGUAGAUGCCUCCCAUGGAAAAGUUUAAAGGAUGCUGCUUUUUAGCGGAGCUGGGCGAAGCUGACGUGACCAACCAAUCAGCCAUCAGUCAUCAAAAACCAAUUCAUCAGCUCAGACUAUUUUAAUAUCUUUGAAGCUAGUUUUUAUAUAUAUAUAUAUACCCAAAAUUCCAACAGCUGGCAUAAAUAUAGCUCCCCACAUCAACAAAAAGGAAGGAGGCACCAAAUAGUGGUGCUAUCCAAUUGUUGCACUUUACAAGCUGAUUAUUUACAGAGCUGAAUUCACCAGAAGGGAGGACCACUAUAUUAGCAAGUUCAUUUAUAUAUUUGUCCGUCACCUGACCCUUUCUGAAAAUGUGUUUAUGUGUAAUUUAUCUUGGAGUGGUCCAAAAAAACCUUAAAAUAAUGUCAAAAUUACUGACACAUUUGCAUGAUUUACAGUUCAAAAAACCCUCAUUUAGUUUAUCCUCUGUCUGAAACAAGCUGUUUUAGUGCCCCCUUUAAGGCAGCUUUUAUUCUGAUUGGCUGCCCCUCAUGAGCAGAAGCUUUGAACUUGCGCCAAGUGUAGAAAAAACUGUGGGAAACCGAGUGUUUAGAGCAGUCUGAAGCCUGGCAUUGUUGGAUGAAACUAUGACUGCAUUGAAUUUGAACACAGACCAGUGAAACAGGAGCCAAAUGAGGGAGAAACAGGGAAAAGCUGGUCUGGUUUAAGUAAACUCUUCUAUGAAACUAACAGAGGCUCCUCUCUAAGUUUUCUUAAUUUUUUAUUUAUUUAUUUUUUUUAAUCAGCCAAAAAAGGGUGCAGGAAUGAGAGUACUCCACAUUCAAAGACAUUUAAGUCCCACAAAGGGAGUUUCAGGGUAAAACUGGUCCUCCACAGGGUCCAACUCAAAGUGCAAAAAUUUUAGUAAAGUCAAUAAAAACCUCAGUUUUUUCAAUAAAAUGUUUGAAUAGUAAAGACAUGAAAGCCUUGUGCCUCUCCAAUGGGGAUUUGUAAAUUGUACUGUACAUGACAGCUGGCCAGCUGAGGCAUAUUUUAUUUGGGCUCAUUCGUCUUAAGAAAGCUCAGCCUGCACAUCAUUAAACAAGGAAACUGAUUUCAAAGGAAAGAGCACCUUCGGUGGCAGGUUUUUAGGAGAGUGCAGUAACUUUGGCUUGUGGUUUCAGUUUUUUGUAUUUCUCAACACUUAAAGAAAGAAGGAGACUUGACAGGGGUCUUUUCUAACUACAGCACAAUAUACUAUUGUACUGUAGUUUAACUGGUACGGCCCACAUUAGGUAUAAACUUUAUAAACUAAAGUAACUGUUUUAGAGUGAAAAAAUACUCAUAUAGAUGAGAACUGACUGGUUGGGUUAGCUUCCCCCUGCUGUAAUAAAAAGCAGAUGAUUUCUCUUCUCCUUUAAUUUUUAUUUUUGAAUCCCCUCAUCUUGUGGAUGGGACGUUCCUGGCUAAACUGGGACAGAAGGACCUGAAAGUUAAAGGAAACAUCACUGAGGCAACCUCCUGCCAAUCCUCUGCCGUCUGCAACACACACACACAGACACACUAUUACGACAUCUUUGCCAAUUUGAACGCUCAGAAGGAUAACAUAUACCUUUUAAAAAAAAAAAAAAAAAAUGCUGUUUUUGUCCUUUUGAAUAGGCAUCCUGAUUCAGUUCAUUUCAAGUCUUUACUGUCCCGGUGAGGGAGAUUUGCUUUGCAGACAGGGUAGAACAUUAUAUUUUAAAACGAAAAGAAACGCACAACCAAAUGUCAGCAUCAUCCUACUAACAGACAAUAUGUAAGAUUUAAUUCAGUGAAAACAGCUGCUUGUUGAUGUAUUUUAAGAGCUUUGUCACUGAGCCAGUUUUCUUUUGUCUGUCUUUCUUUUGUGUUGUUACUUUAUUUUUAUUGUAUGGGGAAAAAAAUACAGAUGGUGCCUUAAACUGACAGAAACUUUAAAGGGACAGUCAGUAGAGAUUUAAUAAAAGACCAAAGUUGCCCUCGCCUUAAUUCAGUCACGCAGGCCCAGAGACUGGCUGGCAACCUCCAUGAGGGAGUGUUCCCCAAAAUGAGGGGAACCAAAAACCUCUUUGUGAUUGCUCUGGUUUCUAGCAGGUUGCAUGAAAGUCUCCAACUUGUCUGCAAAUACUUGCCAACUACUUACCAAGGGGGCAGUAAAACUGCAAGGAAACCACCUUCAAAGUAAAAGAAGUGUCUCACAGCUACAGCCAACAUGUUUCAAAAGGCACAACUUUUACUCGGAAGGCAAACACACUCUGUUAUUGGUUUUCAGUUUCACAGUCACUGACUACCCUCUAGGCCUGUGUGACUGAAGCUUUAGCCAUUAUUUGAGAUUUUUUUGCACUAGUCCUUUAAAUUGUUUGACUUUGCCAAAGCACAGUGAAAAGUCCAAGACUUAACAUGUUAGAAAAGUAGCAAAAAACCUUUUUUGCAAGAAUCUGACAAUUUUAGGAUUUGUUUUUUGUUUUGUUUUUUGAAAUUGUCAUUAAAUGUUUAUUUCAAAGGUUUUUAUAAAGAAAAUCAUUCAAAUCAAAAGCUUAAAGUCAAAGUUCAGAUUUCCUUUAAAACACUGAUUUUUUUUUUUUUUAAUCCAAACAUUGAACUAUUUCUAUAAAAAAAACAAACAAAAAAAAAAACUGAAGCUGAGGCUGUUUGUAUGCAGAUGUCAUGUUUUCCACAACAAACCACGCUUUUCAUCUUUCCUGCUUCUUUUACUCAUUUUUAGCUAUCGGAGAAUCAUUGAAACACAGAAGUAAAACACUCAAAGGCAGCUAUUGUAUAUUUUAAAUGAGGAGAAAAUGAUUUUUCCCAAAAAAUAAAAAAAAUUAACUCUUUAGAGUGCCUUUUAGUUUGGUCUCUCUUUGACUGUCUGUUCAAAAUAAUUUAGCAAACAACUGAGCUGUGAAAUCAGGCUUCUGUUCACUAAAUCAGUGGCAUUGUGGUUAAAACUGAUUUAAAAGCCCAAAAAUGGUCUUUAAAGACAUGGUGGUGUGAUAUUAUUGGCCGAUAGUAGUUAUGUCUCGAUCUUAUUAGCUAUCUCAUCGGUCGGCUGGUGAGGGAAAAUUUAAAAAGUUGAAAAGUGACUGGAGAAACAUUUUGCUACCUUGUAAAAUAAGCAUUGGUGUUGCUUAGUUUGUCCACAGAUCUUUGCAACUUCCCUGUUGGCAACACAUUUGGAACGUCACAAAGCAACAACCAGUCAUAGUGCCAACGAGUAAAUAUAUAACUACACAUAACACAUGUUAGGGAAAGCUAUUUAUAUUUGGCAUGUCUCAAAGAAAAAAGAAUAUAUUGAACAAUAUAUGGACCAUUGGCAUUUUAGAUCACCACAUAUUGGUAUCGUUCUUAAUAAUCUUCUAUCGGCCAGGCUCUAGUUAUCAGAAAGGGUUUUGCAAAAUUUUACAUCCUGAAAGAGCCAAAAAUAGUCUUAAAAUCAUCUAAAUUAAUCAAAAGCAGCAGAAUUUCUCCUCAUGCAGCUCCAAGUUUCUGCCUCUGUGAACGUCAUUGUGUUCUUUUGCAGCAGUUUCAGCAAAAAUUGUGAAAGCAAAACUAGAAAUUGCCAUGAAUGGAUGGAGCUGGAGAUUGAGUACAGUAAGAUUAAUCUUCACAGCGCCUCUUCUUCUGCUUCUUCUUCUGCUUCUUCUUCUUCUUCUUCUCAUUUUAUAAUCAGAGCCUUUCUUCACAAAGUAUUCUCUCAGUGGAAACAUAAAUAUUUUGUGUUGCUUCAGACUGUUGGAGGUCAAGACUCCAAAAUGCAGUAUCUUUGUGUAACUGUAUAUAAAUACAUAUAUUUGUCCUUUUCUGCCCCCCCCCAAUAUGUAUUGCCAUAUAUUGUGUAUUUUAAUAUUGUAUUGGCUAACAUGACCCACGCUUAUUUUUUUUUGUACAUUUUCUGCACAGCGUAUACAUAUGUAACCCCCUGUUGCGAUGAUUUUUUUUUAUUAUAUCUUGUGGAUUUGCCAUCAUUAUUUGGCUUUAACCAUGUAUGCGUGUUAAAGUCUUUACAUGCUCACCAUAUUAAAUGUGACCUUAUCACUGCG